AGAAAUCCCUGUCUCUCCUGACUGACCUUUUCAGGGCUCUACGCUCCCCUCCCCUUCUUAAGCAGAGAAGGCAGAACCACUGUCAUCGCUUCCCUGCCUCCCUCGUUCUCUCGCUCGCCCGCACGCUUGCGCGCGCUCCCGCCUCUGCUCGGUCUCACCCCCCGGCCUCAGCCAGCCGCUCGCUCGCUCGCCGGCCCGCCAGCCCGCCCGCCCGCCCAGCCUGCCCAACCUCCUUCGGUCUCUCCCUCGCUGGUCCCUGGCGCGGCCCGCGGCAGCUGCGGCCACCCCCACCUCCUCCUCCGCCACCGCUGGUGCUCCUGCAGGACGGGGAGAGGUGGGGGGGUGGUGGUCUGGGGGGGUCAUGGCGUCCUGCGUGGGGAGCCGGACCCUGAGCAAAGACGAUGUGAACUACAAGCUGCAUUUCCGGAUGAUCAACGAGCAGCAAGUGGAGGACAUCACCAUCGACUUCUUUUACCGGCCGCACACCAUCACGCUGCUCAGCUUCACCAUCGUCAGCCUCAUGUACUUCGCCUUUACCAGAGAUGAUUCUGUUCAAGAAGAUAAUAUUUGGAAAGGCAUCCUCUCUGUUAUUUUCUUCUUUCUCAUCAUCAGUGUGUUAGCUUUUCCCAAUGGUCCUUUUACUCGACCACAUCCUGCUUUAUGGCGAAUGGUUUUUGGUCUCAGUGUGCUCUAUUUCCUGUUUCUGGUAUUUCUUCUCUUCCUGAACUUUGAGCAAGUAAAAGCAGUAAUGUACUGGCUAGACCCAAACCUUCGUUAUGCCACACGAGAAGCUGAUAUCAUGGAGUAUGCGGUCAACUGUCAUGUCAUCACCUGGGAGAGGAUUCUCAGCCAUUUUGACAUAUUUGCUUUUGGACAUUUCUGGGGCUGGGCUAUGAAGGCCUUAUUGAUUCGGAGUUAUGGACUAUGCUGGACAAUCAGUAUUACCUGGGAGCUAACCGAGCUUUUCUUCAUGCAUCUUCUGCCUAAUUUUGCUGAGUGCUGGUGGGAUCAAGUCAUUUUGGACAUCUUGUUGUGCAAUGGAGGUGGCAUCUGGUUGGGAAUGGUAGUUUGCCGGUUUUUAGAGAUGAGGACUUAUCACUGGGCCAGCUUCAAGGACAUUCAUACCACCACAGGGAAAAUCAAAAGGGCUGUGUUGCAGUUCACUCCCGCUAGUUGGACAUAUGUUCGGUGGUUUGACCCCAAGUCUUCAUUUCAGAGAGUAGCUGGAAUAUACCUUUUCAUGAUCAUUUGGCAGCUAACUGAAUUGAAUACCUUCUUCUUGAAACAUAUCUUUGUGUUUCAUGCAAGCCAUCCAUUAAGUUGGUGUAGAAUUCUCUUCAUUGGUGGGAUCACUGCACCUACUGUUAGACAGUACUAUGCUUACCUCACUGACACACAGUGCAAACGAGUGGGAACACAGUGCUGGGUAUUUGGAGUCAUUGGUUUCCUGGAAGCGAUUGUUUGCAUAAAAUUUGGGCAAGAUCUCUUCUCCAAAACUCAAAUACUUUAUGUUAUACUUUGGCUUCUUUGUGUGGCUUUUACUACUUUCCUGUGUUUGUAUGGUAUGGUUUGGUAUGCAGAGCACUGUGGUCACCGAGAAAAGACCUAUUCUGAGUGUGAAGACAGUCCUUACAGUUCAGAUGUCUCCUGGCUUCAUACUAAGUUUACAAAAGGUACUGAAGAGAGCCCACCCAAACAUUCGGGAAAUAGUGAAAGCCAUUCUUCCAGAAGAAGAAAUCGCCAUUCUAAAGGAAAAGUAACCAAUGGAGUUGGGAAGAAAUAAUAAAACAAAAACAAAACCCUGGUUUAUCAAAGAUGUUCCAGAGAGUGCCUAGAAUUGAGAGUGACACUGGACUAGUUCUGACUUGCUUGUUAAGAGGUUAAUAUACGUAGAGAAAAACCAGACGAGGGGAAGGAGGGUAGACUUGGGGUGAGAGAAUCCUCGACAGAAGGCUAAUCUCCUGUUUCACAUGGAUCCUGUAUUUCAGAUCAUUGCCUGCCACCCCUUUCCCAGUCUCUUCUACCUUCUACUCCACCCCCUUCUUUCCCAGGGAGAGGUACAGUGUGUCCAAAGGGAGAUGGAGCUGUUUCUUCACCCUUGCCAAGAGCAGCUUUAGUGUUGAGGGGCCCAAGAUCCAUUUUAAAUCUCUUCCUUCAGGCGAGAGCAUGAGCCCCAUGGGGAAUGGACCUGUCACCAGUUUUGUUUUUCCAUCAGUCACUUUGUUUUUAUACUUUAGUUGAUUUCUUUAAACCUCUCUGCUGUCAACUGUUCUUCAGUGGCAACAUGUAAAGCCUUCUGUAGCCAUUGUGGGAAUCUUCCCUUAAGGGAAAAAUAGGGGCAUUUUGUUAUUGCUGAUAUGACUCCCUUUAAAAAAAACUACUCAAAUAUCAGAAAUCCACGAACCUUUGGAGAGGGCUAGGAGUCUGUAGAGAACUCUGGGCUUCAGAUCUAGGCCUUUUUUGUUGUUCCAUGCAGAAUACCCUUUGUUCAGCCUUCUCUACAGCACACGAACAACCCUGUUACGAAGGCAGUGACCGAUGGUUUCUGUCCACAACCAGGUGCCUUUUCCAUUUUAUCUUACGUUGCUUUCUUUCCAUGGUGUAAUGGCUGGCAUUAAGAAUGUCUUUUAAGUCACAUGGGAGGUGCUGGUAAGUAUGUUACCCUGUCAUCCUCACCAUGCUUUGUAGAACAGUUAUCCUAAUGCUUCACCUUCCCUCCACUGGAUCCGUUUUAAAUAAAACAGUUUCUUUUAAAGGCCAUCAAAGGGCCUGGUUUAAGAACUGUGUAUGAAAUCACUCAUUUCUUUAGAAACUCAUGGAUUUUCAAUCUACUUCUAAGAAAUUACUGUAAUCUCCAUAGACCUGUAGGGUAACGUGACUAUGUUAGAUAUCCUGUUUCCAAACCUUUACAAGUGAUCGAUGACAAGCAACAUUUUCAUUGUUUAUGACUACAAUGAUGAUUUCAUCAGUUGAGUUGAGUUUUUUUUCUAAUAAGUGGUCGAUACAUAUGUGAUUGACCAUUGACCUUUCGAAGCAGACUUGCUGAAAGAAAUCCAUUUGUUCCCACAGCUUGUAGAAUACAGAUGUUCAAAUGUCUUCUUACUCUUUCCUCCCCCAACAAGGAAACCCUUAGUAAUAGAUGGAUCAUGUUUUCUUUUUCUGCAAAAGAAUUCCGAGGUGAAAGGGUUAAAUGAAUCAGGCAAGCCUGGGGUCACUUCCUGUGCUCUGGGCCUCUUAGAGACAACUUGGUUGUGGAGCCACGAAGGACCAGCCUAACAGCCAGGCUUGUUAAGUACACAAGCAUCAGGAGACACAUUGUCCAUGGGAUAACUUAAUUGUAAGAAGUUUAACAAAGGGAAGUUACAGUGAUUGGCCACAAGCUGUGUGCUGUUAAGAGCUUUAACAAAUCCAUACCCUUCCCAAGCAAGAUUUGGAAAUAAGAAAAGAAGCUAUAUUAGAGUACUUCCAUAGCCCACCAAAUGCCUAUUCUUUUAAAAAAAAAAAGUUGUACAAUUUAAAUUAUUUUUACUUAAAAGCCCCAGUGUUUCCCCCUACUACAAUCAUGUUAAGUCUUACGACAUGAGGAUGGCAGAAGAGAACUAAAAACAUUUUUAAUAUUCCUACAUUUUGCUUUCCUUCCCACCAUUCACUGUGACCAUACCUGUCACCCCUCCUCUGCUCUAAGCAUGUGGAAGUUAAUUUUCCUGAUUAGUGAAGUGUGGUGCCAGUGCAACAUGUCUCUGUGUCCCACAACCUUUUGCCUGAUUUCUUUUCAUUUUAAAACUUGAACAGAAGAAAUUAGAGAAGGAGGCACCUGUUCAGCAGGUGGUAAAUCUCACCAUACUCUGUAAGGCAAGGCCCCGAGAUCAUUCUUCCCCAGCUCAGCCUGGAACAGCCAGGAAAGUAGCAGAAUGUUAAAGGAAAUGUUCUCAUAUACUUUCCGUGCUGCUUUUCCUCUUUGAAUUGAAGGGUUUUUUUCCUACAAGUAAGAGUUUUUCAUGACUUAUAUGGUGGUUGCAAAAAAAAAAAAAGCUCUUUCCCUAGUUGGCCAAAGCCACAGCUAAGAUUUCCUUCAGCUCUUACAGCAACAGUACUGGCUGAAACUAGUCUUUUCCACCCCUGUUUCCAUGGAUAUGGACUUCACGUUACCAAAAAUAGAAUAAAAUACUUUAAAGUUGUCACUUGAUAGCUGAAAUGAUUUGAUUUUAAAGCAUUUAUCCUAUUUCCACUGGGCCAUGCAUUGACUACUUUUGAGGGAAACGCUUAUUCCACACAUGAAUGGGAAUGAGAAUUUUUUGAUGCACCUCCACCCCCACCCCCAACUGGUUAGUGGUACUUGCAAAAAAGUAUUGAAGGCUAGGGGUUUGGAUUUUUUUUUCCGCCUGUCCCCAAUCUUUCCAUAGCCUCUUGCCACUUUUCCCAUGCCUGUUUUUCUCAUCUAUGAAAUGAAAUUUAGUGUACUUAUCUCACUGGGAUGCCAGGAAGUUUUAUUGCUUCGUUAAGCAUUUUGAGCAUGAAAAAUAAAUACUUGUAUGUCAUUUUCGUUAGGCCUGAUUCUCCAGUAUGUUAGAGUAAGUGAGUGAAAUUAAUGAAAAGUAAAAUCAAACUCUUUCCCAAAUACUGAGCAGGUUUAGUAUUAUUGAUCUCUUCUGUGGGCAACUGGGCCAUUUUCAUCUGGCAUUUGAUUUUGACCUGGAAACUGCUCUUGUCAAUUUCUGUGUGUUGACUCAUUCAGUCCAGAAUGGGAUUGUUGGGGAGAACCCAGCCACUGAGAAGAAGGCUACAGACUCAGAGUGAACAGGGGGAAAGCUUUAAAGGUGGAGCUGCAAAAUAAAUCCGUGUGCCUAAUUGCCUAAAUGAAUUGUGCUCAUCGACUACUAGGAAAGGAAGUUCUGGUCUUCUAUCCUCUUUUUAUUUAUUAGAGUGACUCAUGUUAACAAUAUUCCUUUUUUAUCUAAAAGGUGAUGUUACGCAAAGGAGCAACAGAUGUGCUAGGGAUAUACUGUGAUAAUUUCCCUUUAUCAGUUCUGACACUGAAAUCAGUUUUUACAAUAUCUCAGAACCCUAUUUAGCAGUGAUUCAUUAAGCAAUGCCCAUCAGUCCCCUCCCUGUGCCUUGCAUAUAGUAGGUGCUCAUUAAAUGUUGAACAAAUUAGUGUAUGUGUUGCUUGUGUGUGUCUCGUACUUUUGAUUUUGUCCUUUUUUAUGAUUAAUGAGUUGGCUAAGAUGGAUGGGCCAAUUUUUUAAAAUCACAUUCCUCAUUAUUCCAUUGUACAAAAAGUAUUGGGGAUUACUAUCAGGAAAGUAUAUGAUAUUUUUUAGGUGAGGCUGGUAAUGUUCUUUUUGGUUAAAUAAGAUGUAUGGAUGAUAAACAAUUAAUUUUGCUCUCCUGUUCAUGUUUUGUGAAUUUUAAGAGUCAUUAUUGAUGUCAGCCCUGGGGCAAAAACAGUUUGUUGGAUGUGAAUUAUUUUUUAAUUGUUAGAAUCCAAAAUAGCAAGAACCACUAUGAUCCUAAAAGUUAUUCAUUUAAUGCUGCCUUUAAUCUCUACCUCUCAAAUUAAUCAGUGACCUUUUUUUUAAUCCCUUCACUCCAUCAUUGCAGUCUGCUACAUGGAAUUUGAAGCUGCUUGCCAUACAGGAGCCAGUAUUAGGCUGUUGUCAUGCUCCUCACAUAGCUCUGUGGUUUUCAACAUGUCCAAAAGCUCACGUGCCACAUCUCUCUGGGUAAUCCUAGUGUGUAUUGCAUAGAUGUAGUUGUUAAUGGCAGUUAGCUCCCACCAGAACUAUUGUAAUCAUUUCCUUACUGUUCUCUCUGCCUCUGUUUUUUUUUUUCCUUUUCCAAUCCAUCUGCCCGAUAACUGUACAGCUUGAUUGUGUAACUCCUCCGCUCAAAAGCCUUCAGUUGCUCCCCAUCCGCCAUAGAAUAAAAUACAGAACUCCUUGGGUUGGCCUUCAAGACCUUACAUGAUGGGGUGCCAACCUUCCUUUCCGGCUCACUCCUCUUCACAAACUCCGCAUUCCAGCCAAACCAGACUACUUGACUGCAUGCUUUUAUACAUGCUGUGCCCUGUGCUUGGAAUGGUCUCUGCCUCCAUCUCCCGCCUACUGAAUUCUCCCCCUUUUUAAAGGCCCAGUUCAAGCGUCACUUCCAUCAAGUCUUCCUUGACACCACCACCCACACUCCAGUUAUAAAUGAUCUCUCUUCCCAAAGGUCUCAUUGCCAGUGACUUUGGGCUUAUCCUAUGCAUUGAUCAUGUAACUUAUAUUAUAGUUAUUUGUGGAUUUGUCAUACCCCUUCCUAGAUUGUAAGCUCCUUGAGGGCAGGGACUUUGUCUUGUUUAAUCCUUGUAUCCUCAGCACCUAGAACAGUGCAAUGCACACAGUAGGUGCUUAAUAAAUGUUUGUCAAGAUGAAUUCAAACUCUUUGUAUACAGAAUAACUGGCUGGUUUGAGGGGAUAUGAAUGUUUUCUAAAUGUAGAUAUUAAAAAAUUCACUCUUGGCCCAUAUA